UAGCUGGCGUAUCCGACAAAGUUCUGUAGAAUUGUGGGUGAUCUCUUGUUCAAGGUUGCUGGAACCUCUGGAAAAGCACUUCUUGAGGGUGGUAGUGAUGAUGAAGGAGCAAGUACUGAGGCACAAGGGCGUGCUAUUAUUGAGGUUCUCGGAAGAGAAAAGCGUAAUGAAGUUCUUGCCGCAUUAUACACGGUUCGAACUGAUGUGAGCUUAACAGUGCGCCAGGCUGCAUUACAUGUGUGGAAGACCAUAGUUGCAAAUACUCCCAAGACUCUGAAGGAAAUAAUGCCAGUUUUGAUGAAUACUUUAAUUACUUCUCUUGCAUCAUCAUCCUCUGAAAGGAGACAGGUUGCUGGACGAUCACUUGGUGAGCUUGUUAGAAAGCUUGGCGAAAGAGUUCUACCUUUAAUCAUUCCAAUUUUAUCACGAGGGCUAAAAGACCCUAAUGCUAGCAGAAGACAAGGAGUAUGUAUUGGUCUGAGUGAAGUGAUGGCCAGUGCUGGUAAGAGUCAGUUGUUGAGUUUCAUGGAUGAGCUCAUUCCUACCAUCCAUACAGCCCUUUGUGAUAGCAUGCCCGAGGUUCGUGAGUCGACAGGCUUAGCAUUCAGCACAAUUUACAAGGUGGUCUUUCCUAAUUUUUUUAAUUUUAUUUUUAACAUGGUACUCUGGAGCGGAAAAAUGUAUAAUAAAUUGCCCUAAUGUAGAGUGCCGGAUUGCAAG